AAUAUAAUGUAUUAUUAUUUUUUUAAUUAUAAGAAAUUUUUAUAAAUUUAUUUCAGAAUAUGGAAAUAUAUGUAUUUGAUGAUACAGAUUUAGAGCCAUCUUCAUAUCUAGGAAGAGCACAAAUUUCACUUUUUCCUCUUACUCAGAACAAACCAAUACAAGGGAUAUAUGAAUUAAAAAAUACAGAUGGAAAAAAUUGUGGCACAAUAGAUGUUGCAAUAUAUUGGCAUUCUGCAUAUGAUUUUCAAAAAAAUAUUGUAGAUUCAUUUAUGAAAAAGAUUAAAUCACCAGUUAAAGAUGUAUUAAGUAAUGAUAAAAGAAAAUCAACAAUUAAUCAAAGAAAAGAAAUAUCUCCAGCUCAUCCAAUUAAUACAUCACCAGAAAAAGUACAUAAAGAACAAACAGAAAAUAGUCCAGAAUUAACACCAGUUAAAGAAAAACCAAAAGUUAUGCCUCGAAAAUCUCUUCAAACUUUGCCAAGUGUAGAAUCUCCCAAGUAUACAAAUAAAAAAGAUUCAUAUGUAGAUAAAGAGAAAGAAACAGAAACAGGAAAUACUUUAAAGGUUGAAAUCAAAUCUCCUAAACAUUCCAAACAAGUUUCGUUUGAAAUUAAUUCAGAAUCAGCAGAUGAAACUGAUAAUGAAGAUAUUGUAGUUUCUAAAUUAAAUUCAAAAAGCUCUCCUUCACGGAGUAAUGAUACUAUUGUAAUUACUUUGUCACAUCUUCAGUUUUAUGAAGGAGCUUCUGUAUUAAGUGAUCCCAAUGUGAAACUGUUAUUUGUUGAAUAUAGAUUUCUGGAUUAUCCAUCAGAAGAAUUAGAAACACCAUUUGCUCUACCAAAGCCAUCUUCUUCUGAAAAAAUUAUAUUUAAUUUUAGAAAAGUGUUUUAUUUUGAUGUCAUCCAUGCUGACAAACGUGAAAAGUUAAAGAACAUGUUACAGUCUGAAACAGAAGAAGAAAAUAGUUUAAUGUUCACUGUUGUAAGUGAACCACCUGAAGAUCGCCAAGAUAUGGACUGUGAAGAUAUUGGAUAUUCUUUUUUUAAUUUGAAAGAAAUAUUAAUGAAAGAAGAAGAUUUUAUUGACCAUGAAAUUAAAAGUAAGUACUGUACUGUAAUUAUUUAUAUAAAUUGAAAAAGUGAAAACAAG